CGAGGAAAGGGUAUGGAGCAACGUUUUCAACUGUUUCUUCCACGCAAUCCUCACGUUCCUCUCUCCGGCAGCCCGACGGCGACCCCCACCCCUUCUUUCUCUAUAUAAUCUAUGUUUCCUUCCUUCAACCUCUCGCCAAUCUCUCUCUCUCUGGAUUUCCGUGGCUGAUCCUGUGAUCAAUGGGGCCGCGUCAUGAAAUGGCUUUGAACCCAAGUUCUGAAAGGAUUAUGGGUGUUUGUUUUAAGCAAAAUUUGUCGACUACACUCAUUGGUCCUCUUCCGGUGCAUUUUGUUGGGAAAUAUCCCAGUUCAAAUUGGGCACCAUGUUCAAGACUACUGUGCUCAUCAGUACGAAAAGAUGCAUCUGUGUCAGAAUCAAAGCGCAAUGCUCCGAGUCCUCUAUCAGUUUCUGUGGAGGAAGAAUUGGACCAUGUCGUCAGAUUCAAGAUAUCUGAUUUUAAGAUUCUCGAUUGCGUCAGCACUGGUCUCGGAGGUCGGGCGGAUGAAGUAGUUUUUGAAGCACUUGUGAAAAAUUGCCAUAGUCCUUUAUACAACACAAAGGUUGUGCUUAGAAGACUAAAGACUCCUCAGGCUCAGCGUAGAGGAAAAAGAGCUAUUGAAGUAUUGAAGAAACUGGCUCGUCGCAGAUUGAUGUAUCAUUCCUAUUCAAUGCAAAUUCAUGGCUACAUAUCUUCACUUAUGAGUAAUGGUCGCUGCUCAUUUACUCUGGUUCAUGGGCAUCAUGGUAGUUUUUCUUUGAGGCAUUGGCUUCAACAGUCAGAUUGGCUUCCAACAUUGGAAGCUACUCUUGCAUUGGAUGAAGAGUCUGCCAGAAAGGUUGGCGAUACCACCAGUGGAGGACCUGCAGUUUCACGCCAUUCACGGCUCAUUCGAGUAUUAAUGAGGGAUCUCUUGAUUGGGGUUAAUUACUUGCACAGCCAUGGGCUUGCACAUACCGAGUUGAGGCUGGAAAACAUUCACUUGAGCCCUGUAGAUAGACAUGUCAAAGUUGGGAUUCUGGGAAAUGCUUCCUACUUCCAUGAACAUGCUGAGAAUUAUAGCACUUCUGAAAAUAGCUUUGACCGACGGCAAAUGAUGAUUGCAUUUGAUAUGAGAUGUGUGGGGUUCAUGAUGGCAAAGAUGGUGUUGCAGGAACUCAUGGAUCCAUUAAUAUUCACAAAGUUCAAAUCAUUUUUCUCAAAGGGCCAAGAUUCUUCAUGCUUGCGUGAAUAUUUAUUGCAAGUCCUUCAGCAUAGAUUAUCAUCUGGAAAUGUCGGAUUACAAAUACUUGAUAGAAAUUGGGGUGCAGGGUGGAACCUUCUUUCCUUGUUACUUGCAAACAGUCCUUCUAAAAGAAUAAGCUGUUUAGAGGCUCUCCGGCAUCCAUUCCUUUGUGGACCAAGAUGGCGGGUAGCCCCAUCCGUGGAAAUUAUUAGAUGGGGUCUUGGUUCAACUGCAGUUCGAAUUACAGAGGAAUACAUUUACAGCCGCCCUCAGCGAAGCAAGCUUUCCCACUUCAUUGAGUUGAUGGAGAUGCUGAGUCCUCAUUCAAAACCAAAGCAUUGGCAGGAAUUAAUCCCAGGAAAAUGGCGUUUCUUAUACUCUACAGGGAAGCACAUAGGCCUCACCCUUCGUCAACCUCCUGCCAGGGUUCUUGUCGGAGAUGUGUGCUUGACAGUUGCUAGAGAAUCUAAGUUAAACAACCGCCUCUCGUUGAUCUCCGACAUUGGCUUCACAGUCAUGAGAGGUCGUAACUGGCCACAUAAUAAAAUGGGUGUCAAUGGGAAACUGGUGGUUAACUCUUCCUCCAGAAUACAAGCUGGAAGAAGACUGUACCUGAAGGAAGAAAACACCAUAGGCCAACUUUCAUUUGGCCAAUCCAAUGUUCAGCAUGUUCUGGCUCAGAAGUUGUCUAGUAAGAAAUGGAGGAAGGUGAUUCCUUUUGAGGAGCUUCCGUCCAGCCUCCCGGCCAUAAAGCUCAUUUCAGGCGACAUCGACGUGAAGAUGAGUCUUGAUGAUCCGCUGAGUGAAGAUGUAGAUGCUGCAAGAAAUGUCGUCCGGGAAGUCCGGACACAAGUCCCACCAGAAUUGUUCGAUCUGUCAAAGCUCAUCUGUGGGACAUAUGUGGACUCCAGGCUGCUGAUUCUCCGCUCUGUAGAUGGAUCUGCACUUUUAUUUACAAGAUCUUGUCUGCAUGAAAGCCAUAGAUGACACAAGUUCCUGAGUUGAGACCCAAAAUUGAUCAUUCAAUUUCAUUGUAUAAAAUUCAACGUCAAUUUGCAUACUGUAAAUCCAUGUUCGUAAACUUUUACGAAACUGCAGGAAAAUGAGAAUCAUGGUAAAUUUUUUUGUAUAAAAACAUUAACUAUACAUGGCUUUUGUAAAAACCUUUAUUAGAUCAAGACUUCUGUUUAUUAAUAAA